UGGAAAUGAUAGAAGGUAGACUUGAAAAUAUUCCAUCACAUGGCGUAUCCACUUUUAACAAUAACAAUAAUGGUGAUCAAUCAUCUUUAAUUGAUAAAGAUUUCAAUAUUCCUCUUGACAAYAUAAUCGAUCUUGAAAUAUUUGAAGACAAAAUUUCUGACAAUAAAGAAUUCCGUAAUAAAUUGGUAAAUGAACUUUCAUACAUAGGCGGUAAGCAUGUUAAAGCAAUGGUCAAACGGGUGAUGGGAAAAUUGUUUAAAGAUGAAUUAUUAAAAGAUUUCUCUUACACUGGUAAGAAAGGCAAAAAAAAAUUCUGUUGCUUGGGUUGCUGUUCUGUGAUUUUUGAUGCUGUCAAAAAGCAAAAUAAAUUUAAACAUUCAUCUCAAAAUGAAAUGGAGGAUAUCAUCAAAUAUGUCCUUGCUCAAGCCCCAUUUAAUUUAAAAAGAAUUUCGGACAAGAAUUUUUCUACUUAAUUAUUAUUAUUA